ACUCGUCCCCCAGUACGAGAACCUCAAGUAAUAAGGGGCCACCCUCUGACCUGCCCUGAUGUCUUACGUGUUGGCCCAUACCUUGUAAUAUAUACAACAUAGGGGUACUAAGAUUGAAGUGACUCCUUUGUUGUCGGAAGAAGGCAUCAAGAAUAAAAAAAAUGUCUCAAUCAUUUUCAUGGUAAGCCUGUGGUUUCGCGCCAAGUUUCCCGCUCUGAAGAUGGCGGAUGGUUCUCCAUUCUACGAGUCAUGAUAAGUUGUCAAGAUAACAAAGCACUAGUGUAUGGAUUCGGCUUUAAUGUUUUCGGGCAGAUAACCGGGGGCACAAACCAAGGAGAAGAUGUGGUUGAAUCGCCUAUCCCGGUCCGUGUAAAAGAUGCAGAAAAAGUUAUUAAAAUCGAAGCAUCUUGGAGUUGCACAUUCUUUGUCAAAGAAGAUGGCUCAGUAGAUGUCAUCGGAGUUAUUCCGAAUUCAGACUCCAUUGUUGAUAUAAAGACCUCACUUCUUCCUGACAAGCUCUGUAAAGACUUCAGUUGUGGCUGGAACAGUGCAGUUCUGUUAACCCAUUCUGGGGAGUGUUUGGCGUGGAAAGAUUUCAAUGUUGGAGUGGAAAAGGCUGCACUCCUAAACAUAGAUCAGAAGCUUGUUAAAGUUUCUGUUGGUGAUGAACAUACAAUAGCCAUAUCAGACAAAAAGCAAGCCUUCUCAGUAAAUCCCACAUCUGAUGGUGGAAAUCUCAUGAUGUUAUGUACCAGCAUAUCACCCUCUCUGAAAGUAGAUGCAGCAUCUUGUGGUAAAGAGCAUGUUAUUAUCCUUUCCGCUGGGAGUGUCUUUAGCUAUGGAGGAGGAAGCCGUGGACAACUAGGUCAUGGGCUGACUGACGCCGAGACAGAGCCACGGAGGCUUGAGGUGCUUGUUGGGAUCAACAUCAAAUGCAUAGCUGCUGGAGGGUGGCACUCUGCAGUUAUCAGUGAUGCUGGAGAUGUGUAUGGAUGGGGCUGGAACGAGAGUGGUCAAGUUGGUAUAGGUGAUGGAAUACAGUGUCAGAUGGACCCCACUCCUAUUUGCUUCCCAGCCUCUGAUGAACCUAACGUUGUGUCUGUUGCAUGUGGUGCACGUCAUACUGCUGCCGUCUCUGAUGAUGCACAAGUUUGGACAUGGGGCUGGGGAAGAAAACAAAAACAAAAAGAGGAAUUAAACAAGUAUGUGAUCUUUUCUAUUAGAAGGGGUGUCUUUUGUACAGAAUGCUUAAUUGGUUGAGAGGGGAGGGGUAACAGUUUAUUGAGCCUUUAUUAUGUGAUAUAAGACAAUCUAGUAGAUUUCGUGCCAUAAUGUCAACAAUAGCAGGGAGGGGCACUCCCUUAUUACAAUAAUGCAAAACCUAUUAUUGACAAUAACAAUGGUAACAUGUCUUUGUUUAUCAAACAGGGGCUAUUUCUGAGACCAACUUGAGGAAGAGCUGUUAAAAGAACAGGUUAAGGUUAAAAAAAAAAACAAUUAUCUGAUUAGAAAACUAUGUACUGUAGAUUUCUUUGCACCAAGAUAAUAACAAACAUCAUUUUUUGUUAUUUAGGAGGAACAAGACAAGCUCUACAAGGCCAGUGAUGAAAAGUAUGCAUUACUCGUUAAAUUAUAGAAGUAUUAAUUAGUUUUUUUAAUAUUGUUAUUUACAUUUUAAUAAGUUACUAAAUUCUUAAAACAUGUAUAACAUGUAAAGCACACUAAACAUUUCAUGGCUUUGACUGUUUUACACUCGCAUGUUUUCACCUUUUUAACAAGUAUACAAUUUCAUUCUGGUACAUCUUGUGGUCACUGCCAUCUUCAGGGCCACCCCCAAAGCACCUGUGCACCCCAUUCACCUAAGGGCACGCAUCAGCUGCACAGGUGUUCCUGAUAGAUGAGGAAAAGGGUAGGAAAAGGUUCUGCGACACCAUGUUUUCAUGGGCCCUCAUGAUUCAGAGUUGUUGCUAGAUGUUGAAGUGUCAACCAGACAGCCGCAUGAAAGAAAUGCCUAAUAUCAAAUGCCCUACAGUGAGCGUUUUGCAGUCAAGAUGGUUUCUGUUGGUAGGUUAAAACUAAAUUUGAAUGAUUGUAAUCAUAGCCUAUGGUCACACUGUACACAGAAAUGUAAA